GUGUCAGUCGAGUCACCCGACUACGCAAGUGCGCAUAAUCCAUUACUCGCGUGCUGGGGAAACUUCAUUCGGAACAUCACUGUGUAUAAGGACACUUGUCUAUCGGAUUUCUCUCACGAUUUCGAGAAAAAAAAGCCUAUCUGAAAAAAACAUCUUCCUCAACUCCGCUUUGAAGGACGUAAACGCUCCAAACAGGAUGACUGAGGUGAUUAACACACAGGAACCUGUGAUAAAGGACUUCAGUGUAACUGGAGCAGCGUCAGGGGAUCAGGGCAUAUCCUUUCAGAUUUUCCCAGAUACCCAUGAGCGAAAUCCCAAGCUGUCCAAGAGACUUCCCUCUAUUGUGGUGGAGCCCUCUGAUGGGGGCAAUGUGGAGAGUGGGGAGCUCCGCUGGCCCCCUAAGGAUCCCAACUCUGCAGAGGCCCCAGGCGGCAUGCAGCCCCACAAACACACUCCUCUUCAGACCACACAGGACCAGACCACAGAUCUGAAUCUCGGGGUGCAGGACAGCAGUGAAGUGGUGUAUGGGGCCGUAGUGGAGGAAUCUAACUGAGAAGAUCAUCCAUCCACCUCCACAGCUGCUCUCACUGUGAAUGUGUCCAGAGUAAGAAAGAUAGACAGGUAGGCAGGGGCACUGAGGAGAGUGGAGGAGGGACUUGUAGGGUCAUUACCCUCACACCCUGCGCACUGUCAGAAAACCAAUGAGUUCAUUCUGAUGUUUCAGGCUGGACAGCGGUCUGUAAAAGCCGUCUUAAAUAGCUUGCUUUGUGUAGUUUUCAUAUACACUACCGUUCAAAA